AUGGAAUGGGUGCAGCAGGAUGGACCGCCUCCGGGAAUAUCGGAGGAGAUUGCUGACUCCGAGCAAUGGUCUGCCGGCGCGGCGGAGAUACCCGACGGCGGCGGCGAUGACGACGACGACGACGCGGCGUCCAGCAACUGGGACGAAGUCGGGGCUCCAGACCGCGGCGGCGAUUCCGGCGGCGGCGGCCGGGGUGAUGAGCGAGGAGACCUGCCGCCGAUGAGUUGGAGGGCGUGGUUGAUGAAGAAUGCCACCGGGUGCCGCUGCCGCGAGGAGGAAGGAGAUGGUGGGGAGGACGAUGAGGUCGCCUCGGAGAAUCCGGCGACUGAGACGGAGGAUCGGCUCUUCUGGGAAGCGUGCUUGGAUUCUUGA